GGGACUGUUUUUUUUUCUGAUGGGAAGGAAAAGGUCUGACCAGAUCUUUAGUAUCUACUCCAGAGCGUAGAGACACAUUGAAGGCCCUGAAACCUGUUGUCUCUCUAUGAGCAAUGGUCCGACAUAGUUUGUUUGAGCAAACGGUUUGCAGUUUGCUGAUAAAGUUUAUUCAACACCAUUUUCUUUUCAUCAGACAUCCGGUAUUUAGAGCGGUAAAUGUAAAGGGGGGAUUUCAGGCGACCACAGACAGUAACAGAAUUUGUUCAUAUGAAAACAUUGCUCCUUUAAAGGCCAUUAGCGCCGGGGUUAAGAAGCGAACCUGUAUGAAUUGGCUAAUGAAUGCACCUUUUUUUCUUAAGGCCGUUUCUUUCUCCCCUCUAAGUGGCUCUGCAUUGAAGCUCCUCUCACAGUCGAGCGGCUUUUGAAGGAAACUUGAGGCCGCUUUGUCUCUGCGGAGACUCUGUGAAAGCUGCUAUCUGUGCAGAAGAGGAGCCGAGCACCGCCGAGGCCCAGCUGGAGGAGUCACCCAAAUGUGUUACCAGUGUGUGGCGAGAGCCGGAGUUCAACAUCAGCAUUCAGAUGAAUAUUUAAGUGAUGGGGAUCUCGGCUGCACAUGAUGUACACCCAUGCAGCGCGCGUCUGCUCGUUAGAAUGCGUGGUGCCCGCAGUGCUUCCAUGCAUGUGCUGGCGUGCGGGAAAUGUGUCACUAGGACACCACAUGCAGUUUGAUGUAUGUAUGUAUGUGUGUGUGUGUGUGCGUGCGUGCGUGCGUGCGUGCGUGCGUGUGUGUGCGUGUGUGCAUACGUGGGAAUAUCUGGAACCUCGGUAUGCACGUCCAUUCCAUCAGCGUGUUUGUAUGCACGCGUGCGUGCGUUUCCCUGAGUGAGCCUCAUCGCAAAAACGUUGCGGUGUGUGUGCAGGAGUGUGUGACCGCCCGCGUGCCACGGCGGAGAGGGAGAAAGAGAGCGAGAGAGAGACGCCAUCAUGCUGUUAACGACAGAGCCAGAUGCGGGGAAGAGAGGAGUGUAAAAAAGCUCUCCACGCUCCCCAUCUGGAAGGCAUCGCCCCCAAAUGAAGUUGUACAAAACCAUCCCAUUGAUAAUAAAGCUAAUUUUUAUGGCUCUGACAAGUAUGUAAUUAUGUUCAGCGGUGCUUUUCAGAUUUUAUCACAGUCAAUAAACCACACUGGCAAUUUCCCGUCCCCCGUUUGACAUAUUUACACGGAUCCAUCUGAUUGGAGGAAUUAGUUAGCUGUGAGAGCUCUGAUGGAUAUACACUAGUGAUCUGUGACUCCUGCUUGGCUCAUCUGAUAGCCAACUAGACCCGCUGCUCGUCUGCUCCGUCUGUCUUGUCUUUUCUCAGUUCCUCCUCCUUAUGACACAUUUCUCCCGAUUCCAUUAACACAAUAUUCUCUCCCGUCUUUGUCUUUUUGUACUUGGGCUCUCGCUGCCUUGCUCAAUGGCAACCUCAGCGGUAGUUCUGAGUGAAGGGAGCAUCACUCGGUCCUUCCUCCACCAGACUUUCCCCACUCCAAAGGACUCGAGGAUUUCAUAAAUCUGCUUCAAUAACCUUUCACUUAUUACCUCCCCACAAUAUUUGAGCUUGUAAUUUCACUGUUUAAUUGUAUUUGUUUUUGAUCAAUGUUGAUGCGACUUUGAAAUUAAAAAGCAUUAGUGACAGAUUCAUUAUACCGAGCCAUAUUUCGUUGAAGCAGACGGAGGGAAAAACAAGUGAAAUAAGACAAAUGCCAUGAAUAGUGUAGCUUCACGUGAAAUGAAACCAUCGGUGGUAGCAAUUUAUUUUUUUAUUGAUGACAUAUCCUGCAUUUGCAGUGUGUCAUAAUAAUCUUGAUCCAAACGCACAUCGAUACGUAGGUUAAUACAUAACAAACUCAAUACAUAUUAAAAACAUCAACAUUUUGUCUUGCAGUUUAAUUUAGUUGACUAAACUCAAUUCAUAUUAUUAUCCCGAAAUAUUAAAGGCUUGAUGUCCUUUUACCGUCUCGGCGUUUAGAAAUAGCCUGUAUGUGGCAGGAAAGCAUGAUUGGAUGGCAUUGUUUUCAAGGUCCUAUUAAAAGUUGGUUUUGGUUUAUCACACCGUGGGUCUUAUUUUUAUAUCUACAGCUUUCAUUUCUCUCAUUCCUCACAACAUUCUCACCAAAGUGAUGUUUGAGAUCUUGGAGCACUGAUUAUGUUUUCUGUUUUGGCUAAAAAGUUAAGAUUCAGUUUCAAGACUUCUUGUUCUCUUGAAUGAGUGUAGGAAUUAAUAUAUAAUAAAUAUAGUGUCUUUCCUCUCAGGUUCCUGCUGCCGCUCCCUUAUUCCGUCUUGUCAUUUUCUUUUUUGCCAAUUUUUGCCAAUUUGCCAAUUUGUCUUUUUUUCCUCACCGACCCAGGAGACCCUAAUGCUCUACCGUAAUCUGUCUCUACAGGAGAGAAGUCUUAUCUGUGUGACCUGUGUGGUUUUGCCGGAGGCACGAGACACGCCCUCACCAAACACAGACGCCAACACACAGGAGAGAGACCCUUCAAAUGUAAGGUCUGCAACUUCGCCUCCACCACGCAGUCCCACCUAUCGCGGCACAAGCGCGUUCACACGGGGGAGAAACCCUACCGCUGCCCCUGGUGCGACUACAGAUCCAACUGUGCUGAGAACAUCCGGAAGCACAUUCUCCACACGGGCAAACACGAGGGCGUGAAGAUGUACAACUGCCCCAAAUGUAACCAUGCCACCAACUCUCCAAUGGAGUUCCGCAACCACCUGAAGGCCAGUCACCCUGAUAUCGAGAACCCAGACCUCGCCUACCUGCAUGCAGGUAUCGUGUCCAAGUCUUUCGAGUGCCGUCUGAAGGGUCAGGGGGCGACGUUUGUGGAAACGGAAGCCGUGGACUCCCCUGUGCACAAUAAGGACUCAUCGGAGGCGUCCGUCCACGACGAGCCGGUCCAGCAGGUCAUCAUCAUCCAGGGCUACAGCGACGGGGAGGUGACCAUCGACCAGGCCCUGGAGGAGUCGGCCGCUGCCACCUUGCAGACGCUGGCCAUGGCCGGCCAGGUGGCGGAGGUGCUCCACAUCACGGAGGACGGACAAUUCAUAGCCUCGGGCAGGGAGGUGGCUUCCGCGGGGGCCCACCUGGCCGGAGGCGGCACCCAGUACGUGGUGCUGGAUUCGGGGGAGGCCAGGAAAGAGCUGCGGGCCAUGGCGAGAGCAGGGGGACAAAGUCACAUUGUCUCGGAGUCGUCCACAGCCCUGGACGCUCUGCUCAGCGCCGUCAGCGAAAUGGGCCACCACGAGGAAAGGCGAGGGGAGGUCCUGAGCCCUGAGAUAGCCGCGGCUGUGCAGAGCGUAGUGCAGCCGGAUGUGAAACAUCAGGAGGUGCGGGUCAUCCGGCAGGACGGGAUGCAGGAGGUGCUGCAGCUCGCCGCGUCCCAGAUGAUGAAGGAAGGCCUAACCCAGGUUAUUGUCAAUGACGAAGGAACGCACUACAUCGUGACAGAGCUGGACAACUGCACCUUGCAGGUGGAGGGAGGCGUGUAUGGAGAGGUCGGCGGAGGUGACGUGGAGAUGCAGCAGGCAGAGCCGCAGGCCGGAGAAGAGAUGGUAGUCUAUCUGGAUGGGACCCCUCAUAAUAUAGUUCUGGAAGGGUAGCAGAGAGAGACAUUUACUAAAAGACGUACAUUUGUUGUUACAUGUCCUUGUUCAAUUGCGAUGAAGCCUACAUAUUUUGUUUUUACAUCACUUCUGUUUGUUUUUUACUAUGCUCUCCUAGGCUAUGCUAAACUCAGGGUAAACAUCAUUUAUCGGGAGGGACAGUGGUGGAAACUGGUUUUGGUGCAAAGUGAGUUAACUUGCAAUCCUCACAUCCACCAAGACUACAUGAACCACUUGAUUAAUGCCAUGCAACUUCAGAAAUAUAAUUUUUGAAAAUGCAUCUUAUAUUCUGAGUGACCAUAAAGCAAAAAUAUCUAUUAUGCUCUUUGUUUUCUUUGAUACUUUUGUUUAAUAUUACCUUAAGUUUUGUUUGUUAGAGAAUUUUGAUUUUGACACAAUUAUUAAUUAUUGUCCAUUUUCGUUCCCCAUACUUUGUAGAGAUUAGCAUAUUACUAGUUAUGAAAUAACUUGUUGGACAAAAAAACUCCAAGACAGAUCUUACAGAUGAUUUAUAUGUAAUAAAACAUUGUUGGUAAUUAUAUAUCAGCUGCUUGUAAGUUCAGCUUUGGGGAAACCUCUAUGAACCAUUAAUGCAAUUUCAUUUCUGACAAUAAAAAUUGAGUCUAAUUUUU